UUGCCUCCAGAUGGUCACCCAUGAGAUAGGGCAAAUCUUUGGGGUGAAGCAAUGCCAGUGGCUGCAGUGUGUCAUGCAGGGCUCCAACCACCUGGAGGAGUCAGACACCCAGCCCCUGGACCCCUGCCUCUGCAAGGCCUUGCUGCGAUGGAUGGAAGAGGGAGUAGCUAGCCAUGGACACCUCACUGUCUCCCAGUCUGACUCUGAGCCCCAUUGUCCCAAACCCACCAUGGCCUUCCAGACCUCCAGACAGUGGCAGAUUUACCUCUAGAUUCUAGAAUGGUCACA